UCCUUCUGCUCUCCGCCUUUCCUCUUCUCCCGAGAUCUUGUAUUUCUACACGCUGUGUAUGGCUUUUUAGGAGAUUUUGAUAUCGUCCCAGGUCCAGGAUGAGCAUUAUAACCCCCAGCGAUGAUGAUGAAACCCGGCAGUUCUACCAGCAGCUCCGUCAGUGUGAAGAUCACUUCCUGAGGAUGACAUAUGAAUAUUUCCAGGAUGAUCUGCUCCACAUUGUGGAGGACAUGAGUCUUCUACCACUUCUGAGUGAGCUACAUUCCCGAAAUCUCCCGGAUACUGAGAAAUACUGCAGUCUAGAAGAUGAUAGAAGAAGAUUGGCGCGGACUUUACUACAGGAUAUAUUUCUCAGAGGAAGAGAAGCUGUGAUAGGACUGUGGGUCAGUCUCUAUGUAUUACGGAGACAUCAUGGUUCCCCCGGCCUGGACGCUGUACUGGAGGAACUCCGUCAUAGAGGUGACAUUCUGGUGGAGCAAAUCCUGCUGGAUGAACAUGGACACCAACUGUCCCCACAACUCAAAGAAUUCCAGAUCCGGCACAAGAAACAUUUACAUGAAAGAACUGAGAAACUUGUAGAGAACAAACCUCCAAGAUGUGACCAGCGAGAGCAGAGUUUUCCAUUCUCUACACGUUAUGUCAACCUCAUCAUUGUCUCCACUGAUCACUUCAGAGAACGCUCUAAGAAUGAGCUCAUAGAGACCGGGGUAAAACAUGAGGAAUAUUUAAAGAGAAAACAAAAUGAAUUACUACGCAUUUCCCCCAAAAAACUGUUCCGCUGGUGCCACCGAUCCGAACAAGUGCCACGUAUGGUAAUGGUGAGCGGAGUGCCCGGUGUAGGGAAGACCACACUGAUGCAGAAGGUUGUUUAUGACUGGGUGAAGGGGGAUCUCUAUCAAAGAUUCUCCUUUGUCUUUUUCUUCAAAUUCCGCGAAAUCAACAGACUGGAUAAAGUUAGUCUGGACUCUCUAAUCCUUCAUCAGUACCCAUAUCUGGAGGAGCAGCUUAGUAACAUCCUACAGGAACCAGAAAAACUUCUCUUUAUAUUUGAUGGUUUAGAUGAAAGUCGUCAUAACAUGGAUUUCACAUCACAUCACUUGUGCUCUAAUCCUACACAGCCCGAACCUUGUGGUCAUAUUGUGGUUAGUUUGGUGAGAAAGUCUCUUCUUGAUGGUUGUUCUGUCCUAAUGACCAGUCGCCCAACCAGACUGGCAUCAAUUGAUUGUAGUGUUUUCCAGAGAAUAGUAGAAAUCACUGGGUUUUUACCAGAAGAACGACAGAUGUACUUUCAAAACUUCUUCCCCGACGCUGAACUGGCAGAAAAGGCUUUUAAUUAUGUGAAGCAGUAUGAGACCCUGUACACGUUCUGUUACCUUCCGUCCUACUGCUGGAUCAUCUGUACAGUAUUAUCCAGGAGCUUCCAGCCAACAAGUAGUGAUCAGCCGGUGUCAUUAUUACCCAAAACAGUCACCCAGCUCUUUGCGAUAUUUGUCGCCAACAUCCUGUCCAAUCACAGCCUGCACAAAAGUGACGCUCAGAAGAUCCUGCAGUCCAUCGGAUGGAUGGCAGAACAUGGAGUCAUGAAUCACAAGCUUAUCUUUGAGGAACGAGAUCUGGACUGUUUCCAUGUGGACAAUAAGUCACAGCUAUUAUCGAGUUUUCUGAUGGAAUCGGAGGAACCUGUGUCCUAUUCCUUCUUACAUCUCACUGUUCAGGAAUUCCUCUCUGCCUUGGUGCAUUAUGUGGACUAUUCUCCUAAGAAGUUACAGAAAUCACUAAAAGAUGCCAAAUCCUAUCCUGAUGGACGAGGUGAGAUGUUCCUCCGUUUCCUGUGUGGUCUAUCAGACGGCACCACCAGGUCAAUGCUAACUGGAUACCUGGACAGACAAGCAGUUCAGGCUUCCACAGACGUAAUCACUUGGCUGAAGGACUUUAUUCUAAAAGAACAGAAGCUGAUUGAAAGUAAUGCCAAAAAGCGAUGUCUUCUCAGUACAUUUUUCUAUCUGUAUGAAUCCCGGAAUAAGGCUCUGGUGCUGGAAUCACUACAAUCACACGGAAGUCUUGACUUUUCUCUUGUUCACAUGUCGGCUCUAGACUGCGCAGUGUUGGCAUUUAUUCUGGACACCUGCACAAAUAUAGAAGCACUCAGUCUAUAUGGAUGUUCCUUAGACAAUGAAGGAUUAGAAAGACUUGCUCCAGCGUUACAUAACCUGCAGAAUCUAAGUUUGGGUGGUAAUGGUCUACCAGACACUUCCUGCAUCCAGUUGGCAUCUGUAAUAAGGAGUAACCCGUCCCUGAAGAUACUUGUCCUGUCUGGUAACCGUCUGUCUGGUCCUCACUUCAGAGACUUGAUGGAGGCUCUGUCCAGUCCGGCCUGCAGGAUAGAGGAAUUAUAUUUGGGUAAUAAUGGUCUACCAGACACUUCCUGCAUCCAGUUGGCAUCUGUAAUGAGGAAUAACCAGUCCCUGAAGAUACUUGACCUGUCUAAUAAUCGUCUGUCUGGUCCUCACUUCAGUCACUUGAUGGAGGCUCUCUCCAGUCCGGCCUACAGGGUAGAGGAAUUACGUAUGUGGGACAAUGGAUUAUCUGAAGAGGAGAAGGAGGCCAUAAGAAAACUGGAAAAGCAGAAACCAAAUAUGAAGAUCAUAUAUUGAACAGAGAAGAAGCCGGAUUCCUCUGUGUUGAGCAGAUAACAGGACUUUGGUGGAGGAGACGUCUUCAGAGGUUUGGCAUUAGGAGCGUCUCCUGGUGCUUUAUGGGUAAUAUCACUGAUCUACAGAGGAUAAGGAAAUAUCUAAUAUCAUAAAGAUGAUACCAGAAAUGUUCUUCUCUAGCUAAUUAUACACCCAGUAGCUAAAUCUCUUCAUAAUGAGCCCAAAUCCAGGCCUAUGGGAUGUAGCAGCGUCUCCUGAAGGUCAGGUAGGUUGUCAGCAGUAUAAUACUGGUUGUCACACCGGAGGACCAAUAGAAGUGACAUGGUAUUUUACUGUACAUACACAGUGCGAGUGCUGUGUAAAAUGACAAAAAGAAGACAAAGGGUACAAAAUGGUCCUAAAUGGACUCCCCUUGAGAGGACGCCCAGCUGCCAGCCUACACAUGAACUACAGUAUGAAAAGAAACACGAUACAGGGAAUCUCACCCUUACCAGCUCAAUCAGAGAACCACGAUAUCCACAAGUCUGUCGGAUUGUCACCGUGAGUAGAGACUUGAAUCCAAGUGAGCAAAAAAAAAAAAAAAGCACUGCCGUAUUCCAAUUUGGUGACUUUAUUGGAGGAAAAACACUCAAGCAAUAAAAAACAUAGCCUUCUUCACACGCAUUGUAUGCAGAGGGGGGGGGGGCCCCAUUUAAUAUUGUAUGCAGAGGGGGGGCCCCGUGUAAUAUU